AUGGAUCCAAAAAGACUGGACAACUGUUUGGAGCUUCUGAUCAAGACCAAUCGUUUACCAGAAGCAGCCUUUCUGGCCCGCACAUAUUUGCCCAGCCAAGUGUCCAGCUUGUCUAAGGUCAAUCAGAAAGCGGCUGAGUCUCUAGCAGAUCCUACCGAAUAUGAAAAUCUGUUCCCCGGCCUGAGAGAGGCCUUUAUUGCAGAGCAGUACCUUAGAGAGACCAGCCUUGGGGAAACCAGACCUGCCUCUGAUUACCCACUGGUCACACCCAAUGAAGAGAGGAACGUGCUGGAGGAAGCCAGUGGGUAUGAACCCAAAGGUGUAUUCCCCACUCCCACACAGGUGAAGGAUGCAGAUGAAGCCUCAGAGGAUGAGGGUGUUUUAGCCCCCGUGGUGGCAGCUGUCUCCGCUUCAGUAGCAGCUGCAGUGAGCCCGACAGAAGCCAAGCUCUCUCAGACGGUUGAAAAGGAGGAGGAAAAACCUACAGGGGCUGCGACAGCGGAUCAGAAGGUUAUUGAUGAACUGGAGGAUGAUUUGGAUAACAUGGAGCUUGAUGAUAUCGAUACCACAGACGUUAAUCUUGACGAUGACUUCUCAGAUGACUAACCCCAAAUCACAGAAGCAUUGAGUUUAUUUAAGCGACCAAACUGAUUUUUUGUAUGUAUGUUAGUCCCACUGAGGUGAAGGCCGAGUCUAAAACAGGAUGGACUGGACGGAACAUGAAUACGUCUUUUACGACGUAACACGAUUGGCAAGAGGAGAAAUGUGCUGUUGAUUUUGAACUUUUCUACUUCAUUCUGGACCUUCUAUUUACGUUUUACCCGUACAUAAAGGUAUGCAUUGAUUAUUUUGUGUUUUACCAUGGUAAAUCAUGGUGUCAUUAUUCAUAAUAAAGAUAAUUAUGCUUACAGCG